CGGGUUGAUGAUAUUGUUUUCCAUUACUGAGGAGAUACUUGCUGUGUUUCCGUACUCCACAAGUCUCAAUGUCGCUUGUCUCUGGUGCUGCUAUCCAUAAGAAGAAAGUUGGUGUUGUCACGAUAUAUGAGGAUAGAACACCGUCCAUUUUGCAGUGGAGAGCUGCUGAUGAUCCAACGGUUGUUGAGUUUGAACUGAGUACCAUUCAGCACCUUCAGGCGACUGCUGCGACUUCUGAGAAGAUGAUGUUGAAGAUUAUAACAAAGAAGUCUGACGCAGAUGAGCCUGUGAACUAUCUGUUCUCCUUUAACAACAGGCUGGUUAUGGAUAACGUGAAGGAAGCCCUGCAGCAAACUGUUGCUAGACACAAGUCUGCUCUACAGGCCGCUCAGUCUCAGAGUUCUACGCCUGCUCCAGAGAAACCGUUGAUCAACACUACAUUUCUGGACGAGGCACUUAAUACUAAGAAGCUACUGGGGAAUCAUCAACUGCAACAGAAACUGCUAUUGGAGAACAAAGAAUUGAUGUCAACUUUCAAAGAGGCUGUGAUUAAUCAAGGUUUAGAGGCUUCUGAAUUUUGGCAAACGAGAGUACACCUGUUAAGAGCUUUUGCGUUGAGCAACUCACAGAAGAAAGGCCCAUAUAACGUGCUCAGUACAAUCAAGACCACUGCUACUAGUGACAACCAAGUUAAUGUUAGUGUAACAAGGGAAAAGAUCCACGCAAUUUUCGAACAGUACCCAGUUGUUAGAAAGGCAUACGACGAUAACGUCCCAAGGUUGAGUGAAGGUGAAUUUUGGUCUAGAUUCUUCAGCUCAAAGUUGCUGAUGAAGCUAAAAGGUGAAAGGAUAGCAACUAAUCUGAGAGGUGACGUUAUCUUGGAUAAAUACAUCAAUAUGGAUAUCGAUUUUGAAAAACAUGAAGACGAAAGUCUACUUCAUAAAGUCAAUAAGACUAUUGACGUUGAAGGUAACCAGGAGGACGACUCUACCAAACUGGGAAACGCACCAGAUAUUACAAUGAAACCGAACGCAUUGCCUGAAACGGUCAGCGCUAUGAGAAGUAUGAAUAGGUUGAGUCAUAAGAUGAUGAACAGUUUAGAACUGGAGUACUCACGACAGGCAACUCCAGAUCUACAAAAGACUAAGGAAGAAGCAGAAUUAGAUAGAAUCCGGGAAGAAUUAAUGAUAAAAGAUCUGGAACCAGAAAAACAAGCUGAAUAUGCAAAGAUCUCCUUGAAACCUGAUAUAGAUCAAAAGCAACAAACCAGACAGGUAUCAAGACAAGAAUUUAUACAAUACACUCAAAACUUGAAACGUCAAUUGGAUGAAGAGUUUGACUUGCACGAAGUUUACUCACCUUCAAAACGUCCAAGCAUUGAAAAGGCCACAGAAAGUAUUUUACAAUCGGUAAGAUUGAACUCCAAACAGUCAAAACAAAGCUGGCAGGUAUAUAGAACUCUGGAGGAACAGGAACACCAUGAAGUUGAAGAUGAAACUGACCCAAAUUUUGACAAGGAUACUCUGGAAUCCAUCCGGAUUACGCAUGCCACCUCUGUGGAAUUUUUAAGACAUUUCUGGUUACAUUUCAACUCUGGUGAUCCAUCACAAGCAUCUACGUUGAAUAAUUUGUACAAGUCGCUGAGGAAGUCUUAUGAACGUAUAGAUAGUGCAGUGACAAGCAUGAAAGAUGACCACUCGAAAGAGUUGUGCAAGGCAUACUUCAGCUCUUUGAAGCAAUCACUUUCAGUGGCUAUAAAGAGAUAUCAAACUGAAAUGACCUCGGCGCAGGCAGCAGCUGCUAAUAGUACAUCAGUCAACAUUGUUAAAACAACUAUAUAGAGGAUUGACAGACAAAAGAAAAAGAGACUUAUUAUGUAUUAAUGCAAUG